UGUGCCCGAGUCAGCAGGAUGGCAUCUUUGACUGUGGCGAGGAGCCAGAGCAUUUAAGCCUGCAGCACCUCUCCAUAUUGUUCUGUCUGCCACACAACAAAACCAGGGCCUCCGCUGCAAAAUACAGCCAAGAGCAGCACUGAGCUACAGACAGACGGGGCAGGUCAGGGGGCCGUUGGUGUACAAGUCGGUCAGUCACGCAAACAUUUCUUUGCUUGUAUCCGGGUCUGAUUUGUCGGUGCGCAUCUCGAAUAAUGACCAGCAACGAGGAGGCCAGACCGUUUGAUACCAUGACAACAGCUGCCCCAGAGGACACUCAGGGUGAUGAUACGAGGUCCAGACAGGAGCAAGAGGAGAAACUGAUCCUGACAGCCUGGCAAAGCAUGUCCUCAGCUCUGUGGCAGCACAGUCUGUGUAAGGACUCCAGAGCUUCAGGCCCGGCUCAGUCGUUCCUGGCCAAGCAGAGGCAGUCCACGCAGGCCAGGAGGGCGCUCUCCCUCCGGCUGCAGCCCAGGUAGGAGCCUCCAUCCGCAGGGAGAAAUGGAGGAGUGCAGCCCACUCAUGGGCAUGAUGGGAAGCAAGAUUGUGGAAGAAGGUGUGAAUUUGAGUCACUGUCUGUGAUCUAUUUGCUUUGCUGCUAUCACCCCCUGCUGGUCAAUGUUGGAACUGGAUUUCAUGUAAAAUAAAACAACUAAAUAGCAAGUGUCAACUUGCUAUUUAGUUGCUAAAUUCAGUUGCUAAAUUCAACUACUGUUUUUAUCUGUUUUAUACCUAAAUGUGUAUCAAUAAUCACCAGAUUGUCUGUUCCAUUCUUCAUUGUAUAAUAUUUAUACAUUUAUUUUUGCAGGUAAGAUACAAUUUCCUUUAUAAAUAAUGCAAAAACAAUGACUAUUCAUUUUGUCAUUAAUGUAAAAUGGUUGUGUUACUGCAUCUCAUUCAUUUCAUUCAAUAUUUAUAUAAUAUGCAAUAUAUGUUUAAAUUAAGUUUGAAAACACAACAGAUGACAUUAGAAAUCAUUCUAUUUACAGUUAUAUUUUAGUAGCCUAAUAAAAGAAAAUAAAGUGAACAAAGAAAACUGUCACCCAUUUCUGUCUGUUCAUUUCAGGACCAUUUUGUCCAUCCAAACUUUGCUAAAUUACUAGUAGCUAUACAGACUUCAGUCUUCAGACUUCAAGUCACAGGCAAUAUAUUGAUAUUCUAUAUAAUGUGCAGAUACCUGGAAAAAACAGAAAUAGUGUUUCUUUAAACACACACUCCUUGAGCUUGAGGAAUAACUGGUCUCAGUUUC